UCAUCUCGGGCAGAGCGCAGGGGAUCCGAGCAAACCAGAGAGCGAAGCGAGCGAACGAGCGGCGCUCGCCAGGGACAGAGAGAGAGAAAGGGAGAGAGGGCGAGGCGCGGACGCGCGAGGUCGGCCCGUCCCGGAGCUGGCGAGGGUGUGGGGUGCAGAUCGGGGCGCCGGAGCGGGGCCGUGUCCCUGUCUGCGCCACUCAGCUUGAACCCCACGGGCACUGUAUCGCUGACGCGCUCGGGGCCGCGGGACGGGCGCACGCUGCCUUCUAGUCAAGUGUCCAAGCCGCUUCGAAACUCAGGCGGCGAGUCGGCCACAGGAAGUUUAUUCUCGGGCUCCUUUUCUAAAAGGAGGAAAUAGAAGUUUCUCCGAGCGGGCAGCCUUUCUUUUCGCUCUUUUGGCCCUGUCUGAAAUCGGGCGUCCCCAGAGCUGGCAGGCGAGACUCGCUGGGCUCUUCUUCUUUUUUAAUUUCCAAAUUUUCUUUGGGCCGUCAGUCCCGGCCGAGCUCCGGCUGCGCGCGGGGGCGGGAGGGCGCGCGCAGGGGAGGGACCGAGGGACGCGCCGACUUUUUAGAGGGAGGGAUCGGGUGGACUACUGAUCCCGCGGCACUUGCAGAGCAGGAAAGAAGUGCCGUGCGAGGCGUUCGGGGGACACUUUCCGGGUGUCGCCGCCUCCCUGUCCGCGCCCGCCGUCGUGGGGGAAAAGCCCCGGAGCGAAGACCAAAGCCCGCGGCGCGGCGGGCGGACGAGCUAGCGCGCAGCAGCCUGUGCGCGGCCGCGGCGAGGGCGGGGGAAGAAAAACACCCUGUUUCCUCUCUGGCCCCCACCGCGGAUCAUGUUCCAGGAUUAUCCCGGGAACUUUGACACCUCUUCCCGGGGCAGCAGCGGCUCUCCUGCGCACGCCGAGUCCUACUCCAGUGGCGGAGGCGGCCAGCAGAAGUUCCGGGUAGAUAUGCCUGGCUCGGGCAGUGCCUUCAUCCCUACCAUCAACGCCAUCACCACCAGCCAGGACCUGCAGUGGAUGGUGCAGCCCACAGUGAUCACCUCCAUGUCCAACCCCUACUCCCGCUCGCACCCCUACAGCCCCUUGCCGGGCCUGGCCUCUGUCCCUGGACACAUGGCCCUUCCAAGACCUGGUGUGAUCAAGACCAUUGGUACCACCGUGGGCCGCAGAAGGAGAGAUGAGCAGCUGUCUCCUGAAGAAGAGGAGAAGCGUCGAAUCCGGAGGGAGAGGAACAAGCUGGCUGCAGCCAAGUGCAGGAAUCGUCGCAGGGAGCUGACAGAGAAGCUGCAGGCGGUGAGGAGCAUUGCAUGGGGGCCAGUGGGAGGGGGGGAGACACUCUGUCCUUGCUCACAAGUGCCUUACACACGAGUCAGUGGAGAUAGAGCACCUGGAUCAAUAGUGUGCUGAAUAACAGAGAGAGAGAGAGAGAGAGAGAGAGAUUGAGAAAACAAAUGAACAAACUGGCUUUUGCCACCAGCUUGGACCUGGGCAGUCUUUGUGGGCCAACACAUUUUUUCACUCAGUUCCUGAGUACUGUCUGCUCUCAGAACUACUGGAGCUUCUGGGUGAGGGAUGGCAGAGAGCAUAGAUGUCAUCAGUUCCUAGGAGCCAGGGCAGAUCCAGACCUGCCCCUCCCGGGCUGUUUCCCAGUGUUCCAGCCACCCCAUGCUUGCUGCCCGCAGGAGUGGCCCAGCCUGGCUUAAGCACUCUGGUUUGAUGGGUGGAGGGGCCUGAUGAAGACAGGCCGCAUGUCAGUUGAGUUGUAUUUUCUUGGGGUUUUCUCAUAUUCUUCAUGACCAAGAAGGUUCCCCAUGGUCAUGGUACCUCAUUUUGUCCUGUGAGUCACCCUCCCAUGCUUCCUAAUUGCUCAGACCUGGGGGCCCGUGGCUCUGCCCCCUCCCUCUCAUGAUCUUGACCUGACCAAUGUCAUGUAAUGCCCUCCAGAACCUGGCCCUAAAGGAAGGGCUGUGUGCCAUGUGGAGAAUGCCUAAAGCCAGGGCUGACUCCACCAGGUGGAAUGUUUUUCAAAAUGAGGAGCUGAGCGAGACCCUGUCGGUGGUCCUCACAAUACCCUCAUGGGGUGGUACUUUAGAAAAUAUCUGUUAGUGUCUUUAAUCUUCCCAGGUACUAGCCACUCAUGUAAGCUUCCUUGUGUUCAUCCUGCAGCCUUUGCUCUUAGGCAUUGAACAUGUACUUCAUGAAUUCCGUGACGUCCGUAGUAAUGUCCCACGGAAGUGUUAGAGACAGGGAAGUGGAUGAGUGGAUGGGAGGUCUCCAUCCCCAGAUGAGGUGGAUCCAAGAGUGAUCAACACUCCCCAGACACUCCCCCAACAGAGCCCCCCCACCGCCACUGCUAACCUUUCUCUGGCCUGGCACUUCAGGUAGCCAUGUCCAGUGUAACUUCCUGAGAUGUUCCCUACUGCCAGCCCUCAAAUAGCCUCCCCUCUGAGGUCCCUCUGUCUUCCUCCCCUCCACCCAGAACUCUCACACCCUAGUCCCCCGCCUCCCCCGCCCCUGACCCAGCCACCCAGGCCCCUGAGCCACAUCCUCCACAGGAAGCCUCUCAUAAGCUCAUGACGUUUGUCAGACCCUUGAGACAGAUGGAAACUUUUUUUUCACUCCGGAAUAUGCUGCACUCUGCUUAAUGAAGCUCUUGCCGGUAUCUCCUCCUUUAUGACCAGGAAUCCAUGUUAGGGAAAAAUCGAGGAGGAGGCUGAUGACGCACCCCCACUCUCCACCAGCCCUCUCCACGUGUACUUGUGAAGGAA